GCUUCCAAGAAAUUGGAAUUUUGAGGUGUAUAGUAUUUAGAAAAGGCAAGUAUGAUAGUUAGUUGGUAUGUAUCACUGCUUCGGAGUGAAUUAUGUUAGAAAAUAAGAUGGACUUCCCAUAUAAACCAAAUGUCUUAGGUUGAAUUUACAUAGUUACAUAAUGUAAUUAAUUUCGAUUGGAAAAAGACCAAAUUCCAUCAAGUUCCACCUCUCCAAACACACCCAAGUGCACCUAUAUAAACAUACUUCUACAGAAAUAUCUAUUUACUCCCAUAUAUAAACUAUAAACAGCAAUAGCUAUACUAAUUAUAGACUUUAAUAUCACAGUAGCCUUUGAUAUUAUUGUUUUUCAUGAAAUCAUCCAAGCUACAAUCCAAUUGAUUAAACCGGUAAUAAUGAUGUAAUUUAUAAAGUUGGCAGCUGGGUCUUUGUAUGUGGUACAGGAAAUUAUUCAGCAUUUAUACCAACAGCGCCUUCUCACUUCUAUCCAAGCAGAUUUAUGAAAACAGAGAUUAAAAAGUAGUUUCCCUGUAUGUCCCUUCCUGUUCCCUCCUCAGUCUACCAGACUACAGAGACAAUGUAUCAGAAAUCAGCUUUCUUCCAGGCUUUCUUCUUUCUUCUAGGAAUCCAAUCCACACAAUGCCUUGCACUUGUCUGCCAUUCUUCUUCUAAUUUCCGCUAAUCACAGAACAAGGCAUUGUGGGAACUGGAGUCUUGGCUGCAGGUUAUGCUGGCAUCACUGACCAACUGCAGAGAGCAAGUGGCAAUUAAAGUCAUGCAAAAGAAAGACCAACAAGCACAUAUCAACAUGAUCCUGGCAGAGGCACGUACCCUCAGAACAUCAGAAGGUUGUCCCUUUCUUUGUCGAGGAUAUGCAGCAUUCCAAACAAAGCUGCAUGCUUUCCUUGUUAUGGAGCGCGUGAGAGGAGGAACUCUGCAGGACCUAAUAGAUAUGGAAGGUCAACUUACCAGGGACAGCAUAAUCUUCUAUUCGGCUGAAGUGAUCGCCGGCCUCCAAUAUCUGCAUUCACGCGGUAUUGUGCACCGGGAUCUGAAGCCACCAAAUAUUUUACUUAGCGCCGAGGGACAUGUUAAGAUCGCAGAUUUUGGCACAGUUGCAGAAGGGAUGUCUCCUGGCAUAAAGGCAUAUGGCUUGUUCGGAACCUACUUCUUCAUGGCUCCAGAGAUUCUUUCAAGGACUGGAUAUGAUGCCGGAGUGGAUUGGUGGGCAUUUGCUGUUAUGCUUUACAAAAUGGCCACCAGAAGAUAUCCAUUCAGUCAGAAUUCCAUUCAGAAGCUGAUCCAUUCAGUCAUGUAUGAGAAGCCUCUUUUUCCAGUCAAUCUCAGCAGCGAUUUCAAAGAACUGCUGCAGGAGCUCCUAGAGAAGGAUCCCAACAAGCGCCUGGGCACAACAGGAGACAUAAGGCAGCACCGAUUUUAUCAAUCUGUUGACUGGACAGCGCUGGAGAAUAUGAAGAUCUCACCCCCCGCCAAGCCAAGAGCAAUACCAGCUGUGGAAACCAAUGUAAUUCAGAAAGAGCUACUGUCAUUCCUGGAAGACAUGGAAUUUAUCAGCGCUUCAGGUGGCUCAACAAUGAUUAAGGACCUUGCAUUCCUGAGUCCCAGCUGGAAAAUAUAACCCGUUCCAGUCAGCAAGGAUUUAUAGGAUCUUACCAUCUGCCCUUGUCACCGGGCCCUUAACAUUGGCCCUGGGCCCUUACCAUUGGGCUACUGCCCUUGAGCUUCUACCAUCCCCCUGCCUCUUACCAUCGGUGCUCUGCACCUGGGCCCUUAACAUCAGCCCCUGCCUCCAACCCUUUCUCUUGGCAUAACUACUGUUCUGUGCCUCCAUCCUUUUUCUCUUGGCCUAACCAUCGGCCACUUUUUCUUGGCCUAACCAAUGGCCCCUUCCUAUUGUUCCUUACAAACAGCCACACCAUCGCUCCUACCCACCUCAGGCCCACACCACCUUUGGCCCCCACCAUCGGCCCUCCCCACCCAUGGCCCACACCAUCGGCCCACCCCACUCAUGGCCCACACCAUCGGCCCUCCCCACCCAUGGCCCAAACCAUCGGCCCACCUCCACUCAUGGCCCACACCAUUGGCCCGCCCACAUCAUUGACCCACCCAUACCAUCGGCCUGCCCCCCACCUAUGGCCCCCACCAUUGGCCCUCCCCACCCAUGGCCCACACCAUCGGCCCACCAUACCCAUGGCCCACACCAUUGGCCCACCCCACUCAUGGCCCACACCAUUGGCCCUCCCCACCCAUGGCCCAUACCAUUGGCCCGCCCCCACACAUGGCCCACACCAUCGGCCCUCGCCACCCAUGGCCCAAACCAUCGGCCCGUCUCCACCCAUGGCCCAUACCAUCGGCCCUCCACACUAAUGGCCCCCACCAUCGGCCCUCCCCACCCAUGGCCCACACCAUCGGCCCACCUCCACCCAUGGCCCAUACCAUCGGCCCUCCCCACUAAUGGCUCACACCAUCGGCCCUCCCCACCCAUGGCCCACACCAUUGGCCCACCCCACUCAUGGCCCACACCAUCGGCCCUCGCCACCAAUGGCCCAAACCAUCGGCCCGUCUUCACCCAUGGUCCAUACCAUCGGCCCUCCACACUAAUGGCUCCUACCAUCGGCCCUCCCCACCCAUGGCCCAUACCAUUGGCCCUCCCCACUAAUGGCUCACACCAUCAGCCUUCCCCACUAAUGGCUCACACCAUCGGCCCUCCCCACCCAUGGCCCACACCAUCGGCCCACGCCACUCAUAGCCCACACCAUCGGCCCUCCCCACCCAUGGCCCACACCAUCGGCCCGCCCCCACACAUGGCCCACACCAUCGGCCCUUGCCACCCAUGGCCCAAACCAUCGGCCCGUCUCCACCCAUGGCCCAUACCAUCGGCCCUCCCCACCCAUGGCCCACACCAUUGGCCCUCCCCACACAUGGCCCACACCAUCGGCCCUUGCCACCCAUGGCCCAAACCAUCGGCCCGUCUCCACCCAUGGCCCAUACCAUCGGCCCUCCACACUAAUGGCUCCUACCAUCGGCCCUCCCCACCCAUGGCCCAUACCUUUGGCCCUCCCCACUAAUGGCUCACACCAUCGGCCUUCCCCACUAAUGGCUCACACCAUCGGCCCUCCCCACCCAUGGCCCAUACCAUUGGCCCUCCCCACUAAUGGCUCACACCAUCGGCCCUCCCCACCCAUGGCCCACACCAUCGGCCCACGCCACUCAUGGCCCACACCAUCGGCCCGCCCACACACAUGGCCCACACCAUCGGCCCUCGCCACCCAUGGCCCAAACCAUCGGCCCGUCUCCACCCAUGGCCCAUACCAUCGGCCCUCCCCACCCAUGGCCCACACCAUUGGCCCUCCCCACACAUGGCCCACACCAUCGGCCCUCGCCACCCAUGGCCCAAACCAUCGGCCCGUCUCCACCCAUGGCCCAUACCAUCGCCCUCCCCACCCAUGGCCCACACCAUCGGCCCAUCCCACUCAUGGCCCACACCAUUGGCCCUCCCCACCCAUGGCCCAUACCAUUGGCCCGCCCCCACACAUGGCCCAUACCAUCGGCCCUCCCCACUAAUGGCUCCCACCAUCGGCCCUCCCCACCCAUGGCCCACACCAUCGGCCCACCCCACUCAUGGCCCACACCAUCGGCCCUCCCCACCCAUGGCCCAAACCAUUGGCCCGCCUCCACACAUGGCCCCCACCAUCGGCCCUCCCCACCCAUGGCCCAAACCAUUGGCCCGCCCCCACACAUGGCCCCCACCAUCGGCCCACCCAUGGCCCACCCUACUCAUGGCCCACACCAUCGGCCCUCCCCACCCAUGGGCCACACCAUCGGCCCUCCCCACCCAUGGCCCAAACCAUCGGCCCGCCUCCACCCAUGGCUCAUACCAUCGGCCCUCCCCACUAAUGGCUCCCACCAUCGGCCCUCCCCACCCAUGGCCCACACCAUCGGCCCUCGCCGCCCAUGGCCCAAACCAUCGGCCCGUCUCCACCCAUGGCCCAUACCAUCGGCCCUCCCCACCCAUGGCCCACACCAUUGGCCCUCCCCACCCAUGGCCCAUACCA